AUGCAACUCAGGAGCUCCAGUAUUCAUUCGACAAAAAGAAAGGUGGAAGAUGAAAGGAAGGUGGUGAAGAAAGCUAAGGUCGUAAAAAAGGCGAAGGUCGUGAAAAAGGCGAAGGAAGAAGAGGCAAAGGAAUUGGAAGAAGGUGAUAUGAUUCCAAGAGAUAUUGUAUUACUCAAUCAAGAUUCCAAAAAGGUGAAUGUACUAGAAUUGGCCAAGGAAGCACAUACUUUGGUGAUUUUCGUCUAUCCACGAGCAUCUACACCGGGAUGCACGAGACAGGCCAAAGGAUUCCGAGAUGAAUACAAGGAAUUAACAAAAGAUUUGAAUGCCACAGUAAUUGGAAUGAGUGCAGACUCACCAAAGGCUCAAACACGGUUCAAAGAGAACCAGAAACUACAAUACGAUUUACUAUGUGAUCCCGAUCGCGAGUUUAUCAGCCUUCUUGGAAGCAAGAAGCAACCAAAAGGUACAAUUAGAUCGCACUUUAUUUUCCAGAACGGCAUUUUGCGUGUUAAAAAGGUCAAGAUCGGCCCUGAAGAAAGCUUUACUAGCGCUUUAGAACAGGUAAAGCAGUUCGUUACUAAAAAAUAA